GUUUCCGUCACGUGGUUAGCAUACCAAGAUGGCGUCCGGUCAGCAAUGGGUGUUAGUGGAGAUGGUCCAGGCUUUCUAUGAGGCACCAGCAUAUCAUCUGAUCCUAGAAGGCAUCCUUAUCUUGUGGAUAAUCCGGCUGCUCUUCUCAAAAACCUAUAAACUACAAGAUCGCUCAGACCUCACAGACAAGGAGAAGGAGGAACUGAUUGAAGAAUGGCAACCAGAACCACUAGUCCCUCCUGUGUCAAAGGACCAUCCUUCUCUAAAUUAUGAUGUUGUUUCAGGUCCUCCAAGUCAUAAUAUCACAGUGAAUGGGAAGGAGUGCAUCAACUUUGCUUCAUUCAAUUUCCUUGGAAUGCUUGAAAAUGAGCGAGUUAAGAACAAAGCUUUAGCAUCGCUUAAAAAGUAUGGAGUUGGCACUUGUGGUCCUAGAGGUUUUUAUGGAACCUUUGAUGUUCACUUGGAGUUGGAAGAACGUUUGGCUAAAUUUAUGAGGACAGAAGAGGCUAUCAUUUAUUCCUAUGGAUUUGCAACCAUAGCUAGUGCAAUACCUGCUUACUCAAAGAGAGGUGAUAUCGUGUUUGUGGAUGAAGCUGCAUGUUUUUCAAUUCAGAAGGGGCUGCAAGCCUCCCGCAGUUUUAUUAAGUACUUCAAACACAAUGACAUGGAGGACCUUGAGCGUCUCUUAAAGGAGCAAGAAAUUGAAGAUCAAAAGAAUCCUCGCAAAGCUCGGGUGACUCGGAGGUUCAUUGUGGUUGAAGGCCUGUAUGUCAACACUGGAGACAUCUGUCCUCUCCCAGAACUGGUCAAGCUGAAAUAUAAGUACAAGGUCCGUAUUUUCCUGGAAGAGAGCCUGUCUUUUGGGGUUCUAGGAGAACACGGUCGUGGAGUCACUGAACAUUUUGGAGUGAAUAUUGACGAUAUUGAUCUUAUCAGUGCAAAUAUGGAGAAUGCCUUAGCUUCUGUUGGUGGCUUCUGCUGCGGAAGAUCAUUUGUGAUUGAUCAUCAGCGUCUCUCUGGACAGGGCUACUGCUUUUCAGCGUCUCUACCACCUAUGCUUGCAGCAGCUGCAAUAGAAGCACUUAACAUCAUGGAGGAAGAUCCAGAAAUUUUCACAAUAUUGAGGAAUAAAUGUAAGCACAUCCACAAUGCCUUGCAAGGAAUUUCUGGCCUGAAGGUAGUUGGGGAAUAUUUCUCACCAGCUUUUCAUUUACAACUGAAGAAGACUACUGGAUCAAGGGAGUCUGAUGUUAAGUUACUACGGGCUAUUGUAGAUUACUGUAUGGACAGACAGAUUGCACUUACCCAGGCCCACUACUUGGACAAAGAAGAAAAAAAUCUUCCACCGCCUACUGUCCGAGUGGUUGUUACUGUGCAGCAGACAGAAGAAGAACUGGAAAUGGCAGCAGCUCUGAUCAAAGAAGCUGCACAAUCCAUUCUGAAGUGAGCUGCCUUCAGACAGUCGUGGAUGGGGAAAGAGCUGGAGUAUUUAAAAGUUCUCCAGAAAUUUCUGAUGUCGUCUUAAAAUUAGCUGGGUUAUUUGGGAAGCAUGUUGCAGGACUGUCCAACAGAACUUUUUCAUAUCGUACACAAACACUGUAACGCUUAUUUAAUGAGUGUUUAAUAUGCUGGGGUGUGCAAAAUACUAUUUUUAAAAUAUGUGAAAUUGGUCUGUUUGCACCACUUACUUUGUUUUUCUUCCUAGCUGGUUUUGACAAAGCCAUACAAAAACUAUUUUGAAAGGCUGUCUUUCCAUACUGGUUCCUAGUCUUCAUAAAUCUGUGGUCUGUUGCUUUCAGACACAGUCUGUCUUUGAUUAAUAGCAAGUUUUCAUUCCUGUAGAGCAUGCUUUUCAACCUAAUGGGAAGAUAAAUUGAAUUCUGUAUGUAUGUAAUCUUUUAUAAAUAUUUUGUCAGAUACCACGUUUUGCUUUACUAAGUUAUUUUAUUCAUAUUAAAGGAAAACUAAAUUGAGUAUUUUUUUUUCUUUAAUGACAUAUUUGAUCUUGAAAUCUACUUUCCAAAUAGAUAGUUCACAGAAGCUCUUACAGAAAGCUGUUUUAUCAAGUAUGAAACAUUUUUUAAAUAAAAAUCUACUUGUCUAUGUUGUUGUGCAAUUAAUAAUUCCAGGGAACGGACAAGUCUAAUAAAAAAACAUGUAUGUCAAAUUAGCAGCAUUAAUAUUGGUGUUUCACUCUGAAUGUUUUAGACUCUUGAGGUUAAUUGUUUUAUGUUUUGGCAGUGUCAAUAUGGCCAGUUUGUGAAUUUUUACUUUGUGUUUUGCUGCAUUUUUAACGUGCAUAUUUGAUUUGCUUUUUUUUGUUGUUCAUAAAACAGAUUUUUUCCAAACACUGAUAGGAUGACUUUGUUAUGAAUAUUUGGUAUAGUGUCACAUUUAUAUAGCCUUAAUGUAUUGCAUUAUCUUUUUUUUUUCUUAAAAACUUUCCAUGUCUUCAUGAUUAUGAAGAUUUAAGUUAUAAAAGCCUUAGGUUAAGUUCUAUACCAUUUUGUAUAUCAGUAUCCGUGACAAAUGAUAGAAUUUUAAAGUUUUUUAUUUUUGAGGAUAUUAUGCUUAUGUUGUCCAAAUUAAUGUUUUUACACAACACUAUCAAAUAUGCAGUUUACAGCGAAUGUGCCUUUUUUGCUGCUAACAAUACUAUGGGUUAGACGGAAUCUUAUUUGAUUAAAAAACAACACUUCCAUGUUGUUUACAUUAAAAUAUUUGAAUUAAUAA